AUGCACCUGUCUCAGCUGCUCUCGGCCCUUGCCCUCGCCGGCGCCGCCACGGCCGGACGAUCUACUCGUCAUGUCGCUGGUUUUGCAGACAGGCUGCAGAAGGCGGGACGUAGCACCGCGGCGGACACGCCUCUGAUGCCGCGCGAUUUCCAAGCAACUGCCAAGCGCGCUACUGCGGGAUCUCAGUUCCUCACUAACACGACCGCAAAGUUCGUGGUGGACGGAACCGCCAUACCUGACGUCGACUUCGACGUCGGUGAAUCGUACGCUGGUUCCAUCCCGUUAGGCACCAAUGCCAGCGACAGUAAUCUCUUCUUCUGGUUCUUCCCCUCCACGAACCCGGCAGCUGGGAAAGAGAUACUGAUCUGGCUCAAUGGCGGACCCGGCUGCUCAUCCCUUGAGGGCUUCCUGCAAGAGAAUGGCCCAUUCCUAUGGCAAUAUGGCACUUACAAGCCGGUUGCCAACCCCUGGAGCUGGCACGAGCUCACAAAUGUCGUCUGGGUGGAGCAGCCUGUCGGUACGGGAUUCUCCCAGGGCAUCCCUACGGCAACCUCGGAGGAGGACGUCGGCAAGCAAUUCAUGAGUUGGUUCAAGAACUUUGUCGACGCAUUCGGCAUGCAAGGUUACAGCGUCUACAUCACCGGCGAGUCGUACGCCGGCCAAUACGUGCCUUACAUCGCAAGUGCCAUGCUGGACGCCAACGACACCACCUACUACAACGUCUCCGGGAUCAUGAUCUACGAUCCCAGCAUCGCCUAUGAUGACCUACAGAGCGGGGUCACGGUCCUUCCCUUUGUCGAGUCCGCCGCCGCCGUCUUCCCGUUCAACAACACCUUCUGGGCUGAUAUUCGAGCCCGUGAUGCUGCCUGCGGCUAUGCCGACUUCCGCAACGAGUUCCUCUCGUUCCCGCCGCCUAGCCUCCUCCCUGGACCGGAUGACCUCCCUGGCAAGAACAAUGAUUCUUGCCAGGCGCUGUAUGAAGACAUCUUCGAUGCGGUGACGGCUGUGAACCCCUGCUUCGAUAUCUAUGCUGUCCAGACGACGUGCCCCUUGCUGUGGGAUGUUUUGGGAUUCCCUGGCUCAUUCGGCUAUCAGCCCGAAGGCGCCUCAAUCUACUUCAACCGCACGGAUGUUCAGGAGGCCAUCAACGCGCCGAAGAUCGAAUGGGAAGAGUGUGCCAGCGGCGACGUUUUUGUCGGCGGAGGUGACUCUUCAUUGCCGUCCUCGAUCACCGUCCUCCCUGGUGUAAUCGAGCGCACACAAAACGUCAUCAUCGGCCACGGAGCUCUGGAUAUGGUCUUGAUCGCAAACGGCACACUUCUGGCCAUCCAAAACAUGACCUGGGGCGGAGCUCAGGGCUUCCAAACCGCCCCUAAGGACCCCUUCUACGUGCCGUACCACGACGAGGUCUCGCAGAGCACCCUCUCCGCGUCCGGCGUCAUGGGCACGACUCACACGGAGCGCGGGCUAACGUACGUCGGCAUCGACCUCUCGGGCCACAUGGUCCCGCAAUACCAGCCGACGGCGGCGUACAGGCAGCUCGAGGUCCUGCUGGGCCGCGUGAGCAGCCUGAGCUCUGUGGACCCGUUCACUACGAACCCCAAUGUGACGCAGGUGUCUGCUGCCGAGCUUGCGGCUGCGGGCGGGAACUUCUCAUAA